GAGCCAGAAGUGACGUCUUUUCCGCUCCUAGAACUUCCGCCUUGCACGUGUGUUUACAAGGAAUGUGGCACCUUUAGGUUAAGAAAAGCUUAUAGAGCUAGUUCAGUGUAACCGUGUGUGUGCCGGCUAAAAUAUGGGAAAGUUAAAUGUUGUGAUAUUGAGAUAUUUAUCCCGAGAUGACUUCCGAGUCCUUACUGCGGUUGAGAUGGGGAUGAAAAACCAUGAGAUUGUUCCAGUAAGUCUUCUGUCUUCCAUUGCAAGCCUCAAGCACGGUGGCUGCAACAAGAUCCUCAGAGAGCUUGUGAAACACAAGCUCGUGGUCUAUGAGCGCACCAAGACUGUCCAGGGUUACAGGUUGAAUUAUGGAGGAUAUGACUACUUGGCCUUAAAGACUUUGUGCGCCAGAGAAAUAAUCAUUUCUGUUGGCAACCAAAUGGGUGUUGGCAAAGAGUCGGAUAUAUAUAUUGUGGCAAGUCCAAGCGGAGAGCAGUAUGCUCUGAAGCUGCACAGGUUGGGGCGUACAUCUUUCAGGAAUCUGAAGAACAAGAGAGAUUACCACAAACAUAGGAAGAACAUGUCCUGGCUCUAUCUCUCCCGCCUCUCUGCCAUGAAGGAGUUUGCCUACAUGAAGGCAUUGUACGAUCAAGGCUUUCCAGUUCCCAAACCUGUGGAUUAUAACAGACAUGCUGUAGUGAUGGAGCUCAUUAAUGGAUAUCCGCUGUGUCAGGUUCAUGAAUUACAGGAUCCAUCAGCCCUGUACAGUGAGUUCAUGGACCUCAUAGUCAAACUGGCCAAUCAUGGCCUGAUUCACGGAGAUUUUAAUGAGUUCAACCUCAUGUUGGAUGACCAGGACCACAUAACAAUGAUUGACUUCCCUCAGAUGGUGUCUACAUCACACCCCAAUGCUGAAUGGUACUUUGACCGAGACGUCAAAUGUAUCCGCGACUUCUUUGCAAAGCGAUUCAAUUAUGAAAGCGAGCUCUUUCCAACUUUCAAAGACAUCAGGCGGUCAUAUUCUCUAGAUGUUGAAGUCUCAGCCAGUGGCUUUACGAAAGACAUGGAGCGAGAUGGUGCAUUGCUACACCCAGCUGGACCUGAGGACGACGAUGAUAAUGAUGAGGAGGAGGAGGACGACGACGAUGACCACGAGGAUGCCAAAGAGGCAACAGAUGAGGAAAGAGAGGAGGCUGUGGACAUGGAGGAAUAUAAACAUGCAAUGCUGGAACUGGAAGGAUUACGAAUCAGCGAAACACCUGCAGAGACACAAGAUGAGGACAGUGAAAAGAGUAAGAACAAGGUCGAGGAUCAAGUGACUGAGACUGCAUCUUCACCUCCAGGUGAUGAAGAAACAGAGAAGCAGUUAGAUGAAGAGUUGGAGGAAGCAGAGGAUGAGGUCCCAGAGCUGGCAGACCUUUCUGCCUCCAACAAGGAGUUUAAACCUUUCAGAGAUGCAGAUAGUCUUCUACAAAUUGUAGAGCACAGGAGGAAAAGGACAGACAGUGAGGCCACAAUUGGAAGCACAGGGAGCUGCUCUACCAUAUCACCAGAGGUAAUCCGUCAGAAGGUGCGGAGGCAGCUCACCAAACAGCAGAAGGCGGCGCAGAGGAGACGUCUACAGAAGGGUGAGGCCAACUUGGUAACCAAAUCCAGGAGGGAAAACCAAAAUAACAUCAAGUCUAGCAUGGAGACCAGCGAAUUCUGGGGCUAAAGAGCAGCAUUGAUGAAAUUCAUGUUAACACCCUUUUUUCCUUUUUUCCUUUUUUCUUUUUUGCGGCAUUUUAAAUUUUUUUUGUCUGAAGUUGUAAAGACAAUUAAUAAAUACUGUGUAUUUAUUCAAAAACUCAGCUUAUUUGAAUCAUCACAGAGAAAUCAAAGUGGAGGUCAUAUAAAGUGAAAAUUGUUUUGGAUGCUGUUCUCAUAAAAUCUCUUGGUUUUCUUUUUGAACUUAAGUAAAAUUUUGUUGCUUGCAUACACAAAUAUGGACUGCUCAAUAUAGCAAAACAGUAUGAUUAAACUAUGGAAGUGUUUUUCUUAUUAAAGCAAAGGCACUUGUUUUCACAAAA